UUCAAUAGAUAAUUUGUGUGGGCCAAAGGGUUUGCUGUUUGUACCUUGAAUACUAUACCUUCUCUUUUGAAGACGACAAAUCAAGCUCUUCACAUGUGAAACUCUCCAUCAAAACCCGAGAACCCAUCACAACCAUCACCAAUUUUUCCUCUGAGGCACACAUCAAACACCUUGGGAUGGCUUCAAAAUAUGCCGUUCUCGGGUUGUUAGACAUGUUGGUGAUCAUGAUGCUGCUCAUGUCUGCAAGCGCAGACUUCGCCAAGGAUAGGGAGGAGUGCGCAGACCAGUUGGUUGGCCUCGCGACUUGUCUUCCUUACGUGGGGGGAGAAGGGAAGUCUCCAACUCUUGAUUGCUGUACAGGGCUGAAACAGGUCCUGCAGAAGGGCAGAAAGUGCCUAUGCAUACUGAUCAAGGAUCGGAAUGAUCCGAAUCUUGGUCUUAAGAUCAAUGCUACAAUUGCUAUGGGCCUUCCCAGCGCCUGCCAUGCACCUGCUAACAUAUCUGCAUGUCCUGCUCUGCUGCAACUACCAGCAGGCUCACCUGAUGCUAAGAUAUUCGAGGAAUACGGGAACAGCACAGCUGCCAGCAAAAGCACCUCAGUUGCAAGUGCUAAGGCCAACUCCACAAGUAGUGGAUCAAGUGCUGAGAUGAAGAGCGAUGGUGGGAGGAGGAGAUGGGUGGGAGUAGAACUGGUUUUUGGGCUUUUGUUCCUGAUUGUUUCUCACCUCCUGCUUAGUUCUCUUUGAUGUUUGCAGGCACACAAUGUCCAGAGUCACCUCUACUAUCCUGAUAACCUACCUACCAACCUUGUUCUAUCCUUAUGUUGCGAUUGGUUUCUCUGUUGAUUUCAUUUGGUUCCGCAUCAAUUCAAAGUGACCACAUACCUCACAUGGAAUAGUUAUCAAUAAUGUGCUAGCAUACAUUUGUUAAUUGAAAGUGUGCUUUUUGUUGAGAUCACAUGUCGGGUUUAUGUCGUAUUGAUGACAAUUUACGUAAACCCAACUAUAAUAAUUGUGUUUCCUUCUCGUAAUUAAAUCUUAUCGAAUCCAAUACGCAUUCACCCA